GGGGGACUCCGGCGGCGCUCCGGUCCGGUCCGGCCGGGAGUGAGCGAAGCCCUGCGGGAGCGCGCCCCGAUACCGCCCUUCCCUCGACGGGAGGCCGCACAGACCUGCGAGCCCUCCCCCACAGUCUUCUGAGGAUUGCGGAGCUACAGUCUGAUCUCUGCCUCAGCUGUUGCUUGGGAGCUGGGAGCUCUCACCACACCGGCUUCAAGGCCAGGAGCCCCUCGCUGUCCUCCCUCCCCACGGGUGUGCUCGUGGCCCCGGGUGCUUGACAGCCUCCCCGGGGCAGGGGUCAGCCCUGCUGACGGCCCUGCGCCCUGCUUCUGUGUCCAGGGCCGGCAGAACCCCGUGUGAUAUGAACUCCCCGAACACCCCAAGGACGCUGCUUCUCUAAUAUUCUCAUCACGUUUCCCGUUUAGGGAUAAAAUCUACAAAAGAGGAAUUUGCACCAGAAGCAGCAGAGGGACCUUCGUGGUCUUUCACUUUCACUGUGUAGGAGAUGCUGUGUCCCUUCUAGAUCUGAAAACAACUCCCAGGUGUUUAAUGGGAGCCGUGGCAGCAGGGAGCCCAGCUGUGCUCUGAGUAUCAGCGCAGGACACGAAGGAAAGGAACAAAUUCCUGGUAUGGGCACAGAGGCUGCAGAGAAGGCAGUGAUCUCAGUAGAUGCCAUGAAGGUGUUAGAUCCACGCUGGUUGAAACCUAAUAGCAUUGAGACAGAACGAAUCCUAUCUGUGUUGGAUGAGACGAUUGCCAAGUUGGAGCUGAGCUCCUUGAUCCCACGUAUUAUCGGCUCUCUGGACAGGUUUGCUGAUCUGCUGGGACCUGAGAUCACGGCCAGCCUGAUGGAGUACCAGCAGCUUUCAAACCAAAUGGAGCACCUGCUUGUUGCUGCUGAAGAAGAGGGCACCGCAGAAGCGGAGGAGCAAAGGGGCUCUCUCCACUUGCUGGAACAGCAUCUGAAAUGUUCUGUUAGAAAUAUCCUGAGACUCUUGUUGGCCAUCCCUUCACUUUGUAAGGCUCUGAAAUACGAAGUUUGGGCAAGAGAGCCAGCAACUGAAGCAUUCAUCAAAGCCUUCGGGGAGUUCAGGAAUUUUAUGCUUGAGCGACUCCUGACUAGUCCUACCAAAGAGGAGGAAACGGUUCAGCUCAUGGAAGACAUCUCCCUCCGGAUCAACAAAAACACUGAAACAAUCACAGCUUUGCAGGCAGAACUGGCAGCAGCAAUCAGGGCCCAAGAUGAGGAGAUUCAGAACAAGGACAAUAUGAUCAAAGAUCUCAAAAACAGCAUGGAAAUUCUAGAUGAAUGCUGCAAGGACAACAUCCUGCAGGUCAAGUGGGAAGGUGAAAAACAGCAAAAAGAGGAGCUGCGAGCUUCCCAGGCCAGGUGUGCCAGGCUACAGCAGAACAUUCAGCAGCUAGAAGCACAGUUCAAUAAGCUGGUGCUGGAGCAUCGAGCAUCAGAGUUGGCUCUCAGAAAGAGAAAAUGCAGACUGGAGACAGAAAUUCUGAACUGGAUCCAGGCAUAUGACACAGACAUGGCAGAAAAACAGGCUGAGUUUGAGGAGGUUCAUGCUGCCUACACCAAGGAGAAGGCCGAGCUGUCCCUGCUGAUGGAGAAACAUGCUGUGCUUCUCCAGGAGUAUUCCCAGAUUGAGGAGGAGCGCAGGAUAAAUGAGGAGAAGAAGAAGCAGGCUUUGGAGGAAUUGGCUGUCCUGACCCUUGCUGCCACCCGCAUUCAGGCCUUCUGGAGGGGCUACUUGAUCCGGUCUACCUUCAAGCCGAAAAAGAAGAAGAAGGGCAAGGGCAAAGGAAAGGGCAAAGGCAAGGGCAAAGACAAGAAGGAAAAGAAAUAAUCACAAAAUCUAUUUUCUCUCCUGUCAAAGUAGCCGACUCCUCUGAGACAGAGCACUUCCAGAUAAAAGCAUUAGGGUUGAGAUAGCAUUUGCAUUAAGGCCCAAACAGUCCAGGGCUGGAGCUGACUCUCAUAGUUUGAGUAUAACAAAGUAUUGGCAUGAAGACACGUCUCACUGUUUUAGGUUUAGCUUUGCUAGCCCUAAAAGAUGGAGGAGGUCUCCUGGUGAAGGGACUGGACUAGGUGUACUGAACUCUGGCUUCUCUCCAAUUCUGUUGUUACUGAAGGUGGGAAUAAAAUCAUUCCUGGGGGUAGGAUGAAGCUCUUCA